GGUGACACUCCCGCCCCCUGGUGGCGUAGCGACACACGACAGAGCACCGUUGCUGUUUGAUGACCACGCUGACCCGUGGAUGACCGUCCCAAAACGGACAGAAAAAACUGAAAAACAAAACGAUAUAGGCUACUGUCUGUCAAUCUCACAUUUGGUGUAUAUAUAUUUUAAAACGAACUAAUGUCAUUUUGUUGACGUGGGAACGGAGUUAUUAUAAGGAGCAUUGAGACGUGAAUGGGGGAUGUGGUGCUACCAAAAACCAGGGUUUGAAGCCCUCCUUCUUGCUGAGCUGCAGAAACAGCAACAGUGCAGCCAGUUCUGUGACACUCUGCUUAAGACAGAAGGCAUAUCAGUACCAGCACACAGUUGCAUUCUAUCAGCUAUCAGCCCCGACAUCUCCUCCGCUCUGUCCUCCGCCCCCCCACUCCCUGCAGGACAGAGCCGUCUCUUGGAGUUUCGGGCUCUCGGCGCCUGCACCCUGCUCCACAUGGUCAGACUGCUAUAUUGUGGGGAGAUGGCAGGAGAGGGGGAGAAUGAAAAGCAAGAGGCUAUUUCUGCUGCAGCCAAGCUGGGCAUCCAUGGGCUUGUGGAGGUCACAAAAAGAGAUUGUGAGAGCAGAAAAGAGGAAGGAGAAGGCUGCCAUACGGAGGUAGGAGUGCAGACGGAGUUGCCGAUGCCUGAAGAGAAUGGGAGAUGGAGCAGGUGGAGGCGAGAAGUGAGGGAUGGGAGCAGCUUCCUUUGGAAAGAGACACAGUCAGAAGGUGAAAAAGAAACAUGGACUCAGACAGAGGAGCAGCAGGUAAACACGGGUCCCCCUUCUCACCCAGCAGCCUCCUUUGACACCCUUGAUAUGGCUGCUUUCCAGAGUUUUGGAAUGACAGACUCCCAUGUUGUUCCCACUGACAUUCCCUACAUUCCCAUAUCCCUCGUCUACCCACCACAUGAAAACCAACCACACCAACUCCUAUCUGCUUUCAUAGACUCUAUGCAAGAAUCCACAGCAGUUGAACACACAUCUGUUCCUGUUGUGCCACCCCCGCAUGACUUUGUCCCCCCACCCCUCCUUCCUUUUACCAGCCAAGCAACCUUGUGUGGUGCUGCCUCUCAGAGCUGCGGGGCUGCCCCUAAGGGAGCUUCCAGAAAUGUUGCAGCAGCGGAAGAGUGGGAGGAUGAGCAGUUAGAGCAGUUUCAAGGCAACAUCCCAGGAUAUAUCAGCCACUUCCUGAAACCAGACAAAGAGGAGGGCUCCUGCAGGGGGCGAGCAAGGAGUAGGCAGGGAGCAGGGGUGGGAGGUGCCAGGAGAGCCGGCACGGGUGAGAGACGAGCCAGGAAACCACGAGCAAGAACAGGAGGGAGAGGAAGAGGAGGGAUAACUCAGACAGUGGACGUGCAGGAAGUGGGGGUGAGCAGGUUGCAGAAGUUGUUCCUGCAGAGGUGGGGGCUGAGGGCAUCCAUGACGGGUCAGGGUGGAGGAGCUGCAGGCAGGAAGUUGUAUCUGAAGACCAGAGAGCUUCUGAAGCCAGCCAAGGGGAGAACAAGGCGCAGCAAAAUGUGGGAGUUCAGCCAGAGUGGAGAUGUGCCGCCGUACAGGGAGGGAGGAGGUAACACGCAGCGUGGGAGGAGUACAACGCAGCAGUUUAACAAGGAUGGUCUUCCUGUUGGCAGGGUUUGGAGUGCGAGGGCCAAACCAACAACAUCAGUUUCAUUUUCUUCCCCUCACUUAACGUGCUCCAACACUCAAACCUUAUCUGUAUUCAGCCCCGCCCUACAGCCUUCCUUGUCUCCUGGCCUGCAGUCUGCAGCCUCUUCAUCCCUCCCUCCUCCAUCUCAUGAGGAUCAUCCUGAACACUUUGAUCGUCUGCUGGAGGAAGUGAUGAUGGGCCUUGACAUUUUACCAAACAACAACAACAGUGCUCUACAUUCUCAGCCUCCUCUUCCAACCAGAAGCAGCCAUUGUGCCUAUGCCUCAUGUGGCAAUACUUUGGCCCAAAACAACCAACAAGGCUGUACCACUGGCCUCCUGGAGGCAAAUACAGGUUUUCAUGGGUCCACACAUGUUGCUGUAGCAAGAGGGACUGGCAGCUCCAGCUCUGCAAUCAGUGAGAUGCCGGUUUUACAGCAGCAGGGAGAGGGAGAGCUGAACAAGAUGCUGGACCACUUCCUCCAGUCCUUUGAGCAGCACGUUGACAGCUGUACUGCCAGGGAUGAGGUGGAGAUGUUUGGUCAAAGCUGCACAGAGGCUAGUCAGCCUUACACUGUCCUUCGCAAAUACAGAAAAACCAAGACCCCUCACACCCCUCGUCUACAAAAUAAACACACACUGCAUCCAGCCAGACACUCUCAAAUAACUCCACUGCAACAGAGAGAUGAAACCGAAACACUGCAGAGAUGUUCACAGCCACGCAAGGCAUUUGCUUGCAGUGCCUCUCCCCCCAAACAUACUGAGCAAUCACUGAGGAAAGUCAGAGCGCCAGCCAAACGACAGAAAAAAAAGAUGAGGAAGACAGUGUCAUCAAGUGACGCAAAGACCAAAAGCAUUCGUGACCGAGGAGACAAGCAGCUAAAGCAGAUGCCUGUAGUGAAACUGGAGAGGAGUGGCCCGCUGCCAGCCCAAGUUACACUGCACAAACCCAGCUGUCCAGAAGUCCAGAAACCGGCAAAAACAAAGACCGGUGCAUCAUCCCGGAAAUACCCACGUGACAACUUGUCUAAAAUGGUUCAGCCGGCCUCAUGGAGCACAAAGAUGUACCCAAUCAGGAGCAGGUUUAGAGAAGCACAUAUCAUGGACAGCCUGCCCUUUCUUAAUGAGCCACUUCUGAACAAACGGCCACCCUCAGCAGGCCGACCAAGACCAGGCAGGCCAAAGAAAAAUGGACAAAUCCUCAGUUUUUCUACUGGUGAGAGUUCAACACCACCAACUCAGCCACAGCCGGUGGAGCCCAGUUGCAUGGAUGAACAACCAGAGAAAAACCAAGCGAGACAAGAAGAAGAAUUGUCUGUUCAGCCACAGGGAGAGGCAGAGGCACCUACAAGCAGGGUAGAGAAGAGGGGAGCAGAGUCAGAGAAGAAGACAAGUGAUGUUGCCCCUGUGGCCAAGAGGGUUUGCUUUGAGCGAAUGGCCCAGCUGACCUCUGGAACAUGCACACCAAGCUCUGAAUCUUCAGACUUUGUCUCUGAACCAGCAACCAGAAAGCUACAGGACGUGUCCAGUGUAGGGGAUUGCUUACAAAGAGAACAGCGGGAGGAAGAACCAGUGUGGAGAGAAAUCAAUCUCAGGGAAACUGUGGGAAGUUUGAUGGAUGAAGAGAUGCAGAGCAGCAACGAUGAGAUCAUCGACGUGGAGGGGCCGACUCUGUCACCUUUUGUCAAAGUGAAGCCUUCUGUUUCACCCUCCUCACAUUCUGCCAAAGAGCUCAGUCUGGGGUUGACGGGCAGCUGGGAGGACGACGACGAGGACAUUGAUGUGAUUGGCGGUUCCAGUCCCGCUCCUCAUCCGGUGAUCAUCAGCUGGACAGAGUCUUCAGAUGAGGAAGUAGAUGAGGAUGUGGAUGUUGUCGGUGAAAAGACGGACAUCGCUUCAUCGGCGAUCGUGUCUACUGUGAGUAAAGAGUAAAAGUUUGAGAGACUUACGCUCCGCUCUCCACCCUGAUGGAGCGGAUGUUGUCCAGUCCGCAAUCCUGAAUGUUGCAGCACUCAGAGGUGAACUCCAGACACUUGCCCUGGAAAUGCUCCUGCUCGAACACAGUCACCUGAAGGAGAGGAGCGGGGGAUGUAGUUGGCAAUGAGGUUGUUUGCUUCAUCCUCUUGUACCUCAGUAUCAGGCAGAAUCAUUGAAUCUGUGCUCAAGAGUGUUUACCUUAAAGAAAGGAGCCAUGCCCAUUCCUGAGUUGACCAGCGGCUGCAUCAUUGGGGACCUUGUAGUUCUGUACAUCUUUACUCCUGAGGUUCCAAUGAGAACAGAGAAAAAGUGAAUUAAGGUAGAGUAAUAAGCAAGAAGAUAUGGGGGAAACUGUCAGUGAAGAAAUACUCUUUAGAAAAAAAUAUUUGGCAUGUUUUUCUUAGUGUAAAAUAUGAUAGUGUUCAAUAACCACUUCCAGGAACACCAUAAAAAUAAUUUGGCCAAUAGGCAGCUACCACUCAUCUGAACUCAAACAUCUGGAGGUCAAAAACAGGUAAUUUACUCAUUUUUUAGGCGUU